AUGGCUUCUCAGUCAGGAAGCUCUUCGUGUCUCGCGCGACUGCUUGUCGUCUACCUCCUCCUCGUCUAUUCCUCCCCCGCCGCGUGCUUCUCUGAUGCCUUGCGAGUAGAUGCCAGUACGCUUCUAGGAUGCGCCCGCUCCAACCCCGUACCCUGUGCCAUCUUCGCCGCCGCCCCCCUCACCACCCCCGCCAUCACCACCUCCUCCCUCGCCGCCUCCGCCAUCCCCCCCUCCUCCGACGCCACCUUCACCCCCGCCGUCGCCGCCUUCCCCUCCCCCACCAUCGCCGCCGCCUCCGCCAUCCCCCCCACCGUCUCCGCCUCCUUCUCCGCCUCCGCCCUCUCCACCACCUCCGUCUCCUCCCCCUUCUCCCCCACCGCCAUCCCCCCCCCCACCAUCGCCUCCCCCACCAUCCCCACGUCCUCCAUCCCCCCCACCAAGCCCCCCUUCACCCCCGCCCCCGUCACCUCCUCCGCCCCCCUCUCCGCCCCCCUCUCCUCCGCCCUCUCCUCCACCCCCCUCUCCUCCGCCCCCCUCUCCGCCUCCCUCUCCUCCGCCCUCUCCUCCCCCCCCGUCUCCUCCACCCCCCUCUCCGCCCCCCUCUCCGCCCCCCUCUCCGCCUCCCUCUCCGCCCCCCUCUCCGCCCCCCUCUCCGCCCCCCUCUCCUCCGCCUGCCCCUGCCUUUCUGAACGAUCUGAUCGUGUACUAUGCGGGGAGGAGUUGUGCAAGGGGAUGAAAGUGCGUGUGAAUGGGGAUGAAGUGGCGAACAACACAGCCAGCCCGCAGCUAGAGUGGCACGACAUCAAGGAGGGUGCUGCUGUGGCACGUGCGGAUGCUGAAGUCGUGGUGGAGGGUCAUGGCUACUCGCCCACCACUUACCAUGUGCAUGUGCUGCUGGUUCCCUCCCGUGCCACCUUUUGGUGGUGGGCCUUGAUCAUCCUUGUUGUGCUCAUCUUUCUGGCUGCGGGGCUGCUCUUUGUGCUCAUUACGCCAGAGGCAAGCAGGCCCGCCUGGAUGCAGAGCAGCAUCCACUGGUUACAGCAGCAUGUGCGUGGUGGUGGCUAUGCCCCCCUUCCCUCUGCUUAG